UGGGGUCCAUAAUUUUCUCUGAGCUGUGCUACACAGCCAAACGACGGGGGAUGUUCUAGCAAGUCAUCCAGCAUCGUCAACAAUGGUCUACCCCUUUCAGAACCUCGUGGCGUGGCUGACCAGGGACUUCGGUCAGCACCGCUGCCCGCUUAUCAUCCACCCCCAAGGUCUAGAUGCGGCUGCACGUUCGCCAGAGCUUUCUAAGUUAUCAUCCUUCUCACCCAGUGACCAAUACGGCCUUCCCCUCGAACUCUGGGAACUUAUCAUCGACUCACUUUGCGACGACGUCAACGCUUUGUUAGCGUGUGCUGCAACAUGCUCUGUCUUUCUGCGCAGGAGUCGCCACCAUCUGUACAAGCGCGUUAUGCUUAGGACCGAAGACGAUGCCAACCUGUUCGUGCAGACCCUUGCGAAUGACAAGGCGAACUGGGAUGCCGUCCGCGAACUCAAAUUGGCGGGGCAGCUGCUAUGCGAGCGAGAUAGGAAUACUACGCCACUUCUCUUCCCCAUGCUCAGGAGGCUGUAUACACUCGUCGUCUACCGUUUGGAGCAGGACGCACUUGCCCACAUACAUCUAUUCCUCGCCCCCGUGCAGCAAAGCAUCACUAAAUUUUCCCUAUGCGCUGCUCAUCUGCCGUCUUUCUCGUCGCUCUCCAACUUGCUCCUUAGCUUUCCUCAUCUCCGAGAUUUGUCCUUGCUGGGCAUCACUUUCAUGCAAGACGUCGAUGUCUCGACGAUAAAAGUGUACAAGCCUCAGCUCCACCUGACUCUUCUGGACCUGAGUGUACCGUUUGGUCAUGGCAAUUAUUCCUAUAUACAGGCUAUGGCAUCGUGGGUGUGCCAUGUAUCAUUCACCACCCUUUGCUGUUUGCGGCUUCAGUUGCCACUUGGUGCGGAAAUGGCUAGCGCUGCCGAGCAACUCGUCCACGCAAAUAGAGCAACUCUACACACGCUUGCUCUUGAUUUCGGUUGCUCGCAUUGGGAGAAUGGUGAGUUACUCUCAGCUGCAUCUAUACGAGCUGAGUCGAUUCCUCGUCUGGUGCCCAGUUUCGCUGCAGCUCUCUGAGAAUAUGGCUCUGCGCAGGCUGCAGCUUCGCAUGCCAGUCACUGCCGCUCCAACUUAUGUCUCGUUGCUCCGCCAUCUCCCGUACAACACUCUGGAAGAUCUCUCGCUUGUAUUCCGUGCUCAUCCUUAUUGGCCGCCCCCUAGAGCCGCCUCGUUUGCAAAUAUCUCCUACCUUCGCCCUAUCUUCGCUCACGAGAAGUUCUCUGGGCUCAGAAGGCUGCAAGUACACUGCAUUCUCGAUGACGGCACGCACUUCCGAGUACCGGAAGACUUCCCCUGCCGAGACCUCGUACUUCACGACUGGCUACCUGACGUCGCGCCUCGCAUUUGGGCGAAUGAUUUGGAAGAUACCUUUGACCGCGUGUUUGAAAUAUGACUCCUUCACUGUAAUCGCUUGCAUUUGGUGUUCACUCUAGUAUUCGAGGCACGCUUUGACAAAGGCAAUAUCUCUGUACCGUACUUGUAUUCUCCAACAUCUACGCUAAGUAUUUCGCGCAUGUCGGUCUGUGAGUCUAUUUCGACGCUUUCCGCGCUCUCAACAUGCUC